UCUGCUUUUCACAUCUCUUAGGUAUGUGCAGCAUGUGGGUAUGAGCGUUUUUGGCAGAACCAGCCAAUGCUGUACAGAAACAUGCCAGCCUGCAACCUGUUACUGAGUGGGGCCAUCCACUUCUCAGGUUGCAUGGCUACCCAGACAAUACGGAUGUUGAAACUGUUAGGGCUUCAGUGCAUCAGUGUCGGCACCUUCUUCCGCCAUCAACGCCUGUACACAAUCCCUACUAUCGUGCAGGCCUGGCCAAAUGAGCAGGCUGGGAUAAUCCGAGAACUGAAGGAGAUGGGGGGUUGGCUAAUCCUCUCUGGUGACUGCAGGUCAGACUCUCCUGGCCAUUGUGCCAAAUAUGGCACCUACUCCUUGAUCGAGGACAGAAUAAACAAGGUUUUGGAUCUUCAACUUGUCCAGAGCUCAGAGGUUCCAAGCAGCACCUGGUGUGAACUAGAGGGUCUGAAACGCAGCAUUGACUAACUUAAGGAGCAACACAUGCAAGUUUCAGCCCUUAUUACGGACAGAAAUCGCCAGGUUGCCAAGUGGGUGCGGGAGGAGUUGUGUCCAGGAGGAACGAGUCAUUUCUUUGAUAUCUGGCAUAUUGGUAAAAGUCUAGGGAAAGCUUUGGAUGCUGCUGCAAAGGAGAGGGAGUGUGAGGACCUGAAGCUGUGGAGGCCAGCCAUCAUCAAUCACCUGUACUGGACUGCAGCUUCCACUCCUGAUGGAGAUCCAGAUGUGAUGGAAGCCAAGUGGCAAAGUAUGGUGAAUCAUGUUCAGGACAUCCAUGAACACGGCACUCCUGCAUUUCCCUGCUGUGCACAUCCACCUCUGGAGGGAGAAGCAAGGGACAAGGAGUGGCUGGAACCAGGAACAACUGCAGCCAUUAAACUGGAGAGGGUGACUUUGAGAACAGCAUUGGUGAAGGAUGUCCGGAAGUUGUCUCCACAGCAUCAGACCUAUUCCCUGGAGGCAUUUCACUCCCUCAUCCUCCACUUUGCACCAAAGCACACUGGGUUCUCCUUCCUUGGGAUGUACAGCAGGCUUCUCAUGGCAGCCCUGCAGUUUAACCACAAUAGCAGCAGAGAGGUUGCUCGAACCAGUGAAAGUGAGGUGCGUUAUGCAGUUCGCUACCCAAGGUUCUGCAAAGGUGACUGGGUAGUUCGCCCUAUCAAGGAGAAGUCAUCAUACGCAUACGCUGCAGCUCUGAUGGAGUCUCUGAGUGAGGGCUACUCCAGGUCACCAGAGACUCUACGAGAGAGCAGUGCAGUCUUGUCCUCCACUGCCCCUGCCCCCCUUUCCACUUCCUGCCAGGAGAUCACCAAGGAUGAGGCAGUUGGCCUUUAUCUGGCACGGCAUUCCCGGUUUAACACAGGAAAUUAGUGUGAAACCAGCAGAAUCUAAAGGAAAAAAUUGUCUGGCUUCUGGCUUUGGCUUCUAAUUGUCCACACUCCCUUGUGGACUCCCUUGUGGCUGGAUGCUGGUCUUAGUGCCCCACACACACACACACACACACACACACACACACACACACACACACACACACACAC